AAAAAUUUAUUAUCAAAGGCAAGAAAUAAACAAAAUGCCUUGUGAUGUGAUCUCACCCUGAUUGUGUGAUAUCCUGGCACAUCCUCAGCUUCUUCAUCUGUGGAGUGGGUGACCAGCCUUGGUUCUGGGAGGGGGGUGGAUGUGAAGAUGUGAUGGACUCAUGCGGGCUGAACCUGAGGGCAGGGCACCCCAUGGAAAGGGUGAAGCUGGGCGCCACUGGGUAACCCCGGGCAUCAUUGAGGGAGCGGACGCUGUUCUUGAUGAGCUCGGGGAAGAGAGAGAGCCUUGUCAGAGGGGAGGACAAAGGCUCCUGUCCAAUGUCCAGGAGGCCAAGCACAACAGUCUCCCCUGAAAUACACAUAUACACACACAUUCACACUGACACACACUCUCAUACUCAUGCACGUGCGCGCACACACACAUACACACACACACACACACACUUUCACACAUGUAUACUAUCAUCAUCAAACCUUCUGUGGACAGAUACCCAGGGACCUGUAUCUCAGGGAGCCCGCAGGACUGAGCAACUGGGCAUGUGCACUCCCCGCUCCGCUACUUAAAGGUGGGGACAGACCCCGUGGCUGUGAGUCGCCAUAGCUGUGACACUCGUUCCUUUGUGCUUCACUGGACACAGCAGUCAUCAGCUCGAAGAGCAGCUCCAGGCUCGGUCCAUGCUGGAUGCAGGAACAGGCAGCCAACCGAUCAAGCAGGGAUGCUAAGGAAGGAGGAAGUUUGGGAGACGGGGCACAGCUAAUAUCCUGAGCACCUUGUGCCCUUGAUUUCUCUGUGGGCUUGAGAAAGGACGGCCCUACUUCAGGAUGAACCCUCCUUCAGGGCCCAGAACCCAGGAGCCCAGCUGUGUGGCCACCCCAGCUUCACCCAGCAGGUGGGACGGCUACCGGAGCAGCACUUCCAGCCUGGACCAACCUCUACCCAUCAGUCCCACGGCAGCCAGGGCUCAGGCUGCUGCCUGGAUCCCUUUCCCCACAGUUGAUGUUCCGGACCAUGCCCACUACACCCUGGGCACAGUGAUCCUGCUGGUGGGGCUCACGGGGAUUCUGGGCAAUCUGAUGGUCAUCUAUACCUUCUGCAGGAGCAGAGGACUCAGGACACCUGCCAACAUGUUCAUUAUCAACCUCGCGGUCAGUGACUUUUUCAUGUCCUUCACCCAGGCCCCUGUCUUCUUCGCCAGCAGCCUCCAUAAGCGGUGGCUCUUCGGGGAGGCAGGCUGCGAGUUCUAUGCCUUCUGUGGGGCUCUCUUUGGCAUCACCUCCAUGAUCACCCUGAUGGCCAUUGCUCUGGACCGCUACCUGGUGAUCACGCACCCACUGGCUACCAUCGGGGUGGUGUCCAAGAGGCGGGCGGCGCUUGUCCUGCUGGGCGUCUGGCUCUACGCCCUAGCCUGGAGUCUGCCACCCUUCUUUGGCUGGAGCGCCUACGUACCAGAGGGGCUGCUGACCUCCUGCUCCUGGGACUACAUGAGCUUCACGCCAUCAGUUCGAGCCUACACCAUGCUGCUCUUCUGCUUUGUGUUCUUCUUGCCCCUGCUGGUCAUCGUCUACUGCUACAUCUUCAUCUUCAGGGCCAUCCGGGAGACAGGCCAGGCUCUCCAGACCUUCAGGGCCUGCGAGGGUGGUGGUAGGUCCCCCCGGCAACGGCAGCGGCUACAGAGAGAGUGGAAAAUGGCCAAGAUCGAGCUGCUGGUCAUCCUUCUCUUCGUGCUCUCCUGGGCCCCCUACUCCAUUGUGGCCCUGAUGGCCUUUGCUGGGUACGCGCAUGUGCUGACACCCUACAUGAACUCGGUGCCAGCUGUCAUCGCCAAGGCCUCUGCCAUCCACAACCCCAUCAUUUAUGCCAUCACCCACCCCAAGUACAGAAUGGCCAUUGCCCAGCACCUGCCCUGCCUGGGGGUGCUGCUGGGCGUGUCGGGCCAGCGCACUGGCCCCUACGCCAGCUACCGCUCUACCCACCGCUCCACACUGAGCAGCCAGGCCUCGGACCUCAGCUGGAUCUCUGGACGGAGACGCCAGGCAUCCCUAGGCUCAGAGAGCGAGGUGGGCUGGAUGGACACGGAGGCGGCAGCUGUGUGGGGGGCUGCGCAGCAAGUGAGUGGACGGUUCCCCUGCAGUCAGGGCCUGGAGGACAUGGAAGCCAAGGCCCCUGUCAGGCCCCAGGGACGGGAAGCAGAGACGCCUGGGCAGGCGAUGACAAUGGCGAUGGCUCCGUGGGACACGCCAGCUAAUUGCGAGCUGCCGCUGCACCCGGGCUGGGCAUUUCACUGACGUGGGCAGGCCAGCACUGCAUCUCCCGCGGCCAGCAGUUGAAGCCGAGCACAGACUUUCAUGCGCCGGAAUCUGUUCUUCACCGCUAUCCCCUUCCUGCUUCCCCAGUGCUAUUUCUGCCAUGGCCCACCCUCUUGUGCACACAUACAUUUUCGGGCACACUCUUCUACCUGCACAUGUCUGCAUGCCCACCAAACACACGUGUGCACACACUGCACCUGUGGCGUGUCUCAAAUCAGUGACCUAAGAUCAUCCCAGGGCUGUAUCGCUCUGACAGCGUAUAGGAAAAUAAAAAGCAGAGAAGCAUGGUC